AUGGCAACCACCGCAGAGGGUGCCAGCCCCCAAGUGCUCGGAAUAGGUCGGCGGACCUUGGGUAUGGCCCUGCUUUUACUGGUAGUCGUCCUUUGGACGGCCUCAAAUUUCAUGGGAAGCACCAUUUUCGCCGAUAACACCUAUCCCAAGCCUUUCUUCGUGACCUACAUCAAUACCUCGCUGUUCACACUGCCGUUCUUUAGCGCCCUUAUCUCUCGGACCUGGGCUCUAUGGCGAAGCGACCGGUUGUCGCAAGUUGAUUCGUUUCAGAGUCUGCUUCGACACUGGGAUUCUUAUAGCUCCAAGCGUGAGGAGCGGGGCAUGUUGCGAGCGGAUUCCUUCGAUGACGAGCGCGAGAAUCAAAAUUCGCACUACACGCCAUCAAAGGUGCCCGAGGAGGGGGAGAAAUUGGGACUGCGGGCCACGGCCAAACUCAGUCUGGAAUUCUGUCUCUUAUGGUUUGUUGCAAACUACUUCGCCAUGGCUUGCCUGCAGUAUACGACGGUCGGAAGUACAACGAUUCUGACUUCCACCAGCGGCGUCUGGACGCUCAUUUUUGGCGCCAUGCUUGGAGUUGAACGGUUCACGCUUCGCAAACUCGUCGGAGUGAUUGCUUCUCUGGUGGGAAUAAUUCUCAUCUCACGCGUCGAUCUGUCGACCACAGACGCAGGAGAUGCUACUUCCGUGCAAGGCGGAGGAAGCACCUUUCCUCACAAGACUCCCACCGAAAUCGCCGUCGGUGAUGCUAUGGCCGCAUUCAGCUCGGUCAUGUACGGCGUGUAUACCAUCGUCAUGAAGAAACAGGUUGGGGACGAGUCCCGCGUCGAUAUGUCCAUGUUCUUCGGCAUGGUCGGCUUUUUCAAUCUGAUCCUCUUGUGGCCAGGAUUUUUCGUCUUACACUGGACCGGAGUGGAGCCCUUUGCGCUACCCAGUACGCAGAGAGUAUGGGUGAUCAUCCUGGUGAACUCGCUAUCUUCUUUAAUCUCCGACAUUGCAUGGGCAUACGCCAUGCUACUCACCACUCCGCUCGUGGUCACCGUCGGUCUGAGCUUGACCAUUCCGCUAUCCCUCGUUGGACAAAUGUUCCUUCAAUCUCAAUACGCGUCCCCGCUAUAUUGGCUCGGGGCCACGAUUGUCUUUCUCUCUUUCUUGGUCGUCAACCAUGAAAGCCAGACACCGGAAGAGGCGGAUCACUCGGGCGAGACUGGAAGGCCAUCCUCGGGGGAGUAUGAGAGCAUACCGCGGCACGAGCCGCUUUAG